AUGAUAAUUCCUGAAAGCUGGCCGGUUACGCUGCACAGGACCGGUCGCCCCCUCCAUAAACAGACCAGGUGGACCCUUGAACUCGGCACGACCAGCACCCGUGGAGGACGAACCUGUGUGUAUUCCAGCGCCAUAAGCAUUGUACCCAUCGUCACCCCACCGUCCGCGCGAGCCAUUGCGUCCAUCUGCCUGCGGAUGACCUCGUCCGCCUCCGGCGUCGCCGCGUCCACGAGCCGCUGGGUGACUGGUAGCAAGAAUUCCCUCAGGUGUAAGGAUACGACCCCGUCGUCCAUAAAUCCCCUGCUCCUAGCAUCGGCGUGCCUUGGCUCCUCGGCAGCACUACAUUUCCUUUUUGAAAGGGAAGACAAACAUGAGCUACCAAUGUUGAUGCCUACUCAAGUAUUUCUUGACUUGCUAGUUAGAUGCACCCUUGAUAGAAGCAGUAGAAGAGGAUUGACCGAUGUGGAAGCUGGUGUUGAUCAACAUGUUUUGCCAUCAGUACCAUUCCAUGGCAUAGAUGAUGGCAUUGAUCAUCUUGAAUUGCCUACAGUAGCUUCUCUUGGCAUAGAAGAUGCCGCAGAUCAGCCUCCUUUGCAUGAAGCAGCUUUCAACAUAAACGUACAAGAUGGUGUCGAUCAACCUGCUUUGCUAGCAGCAGCAUGGCUUCUCAAGGGUGUCACUGCUAGGGGGGACACCGCACUACACGCGGUUGCAAGCCAUGGACACAACCCGGAAUUCUUGAAGUGUGUUAGCAUCAUUGAUGAGAGGGACAGAGACCUACUUUGUGCGAUAAAUAACAAGGGCGACACACCCUUGCAUUGUGCUGCCAGAUCUGGCAGGCCACAAAUGGUUUCUCAUCUCACACUGAACUAGCUCAAAAUCGCAAUAGCCUGCAAACUCUUGAGGAUGGAGAACAAGCUUAUGGAGACGGCCUUGCAUGAUGCUGUCCGCAUUGGAAAUGAACAUAUUGUGAAGAUUCUACUGAAGGCCGAUCCUAACUUGGCUAAUUAUCCUAAUGAAAGCACUUCACCAUUGUACCUAGCAAUUUUACUAGAAAGGAAUGGAAUUGCAUGGACACUAUACAAUAUGAGUGAUGGGAAUCUGUCGUAUCAAGGAUCGCAUGGGAAGAAUGUGCUGCAUGCUGCGGUUCUUCAAGGCACGGCGAUGACAAAAUGUGUGUUAACUUGGAAUAAUAGCCUUACCACUCAUGGGGAUAGAGAUGGGAGCACACCUCUUCACCUGGCUUCAUCCCUCCGGUGUUCCAACAGAUUCCAGCAAAGCACCGACCAGAGGAUACACAUGGAGCUCGCAUCGGUUGAAGGCAAACAUAGUUUUCUUUGUAGGGAUCAGAUUUAUGGAAAAUAUACUCAGCCAAUUAAUUCAAAGGACAUGAUCAGUGAAGAAGAGAAGGUGAAAGAUGCAAGCCAAAUGCUUGGCAUUGGUUCAGUUUUAAUAGCAACUGUUGCCUUCGGUGUAACUUUUGCUCUCCCUGGAGGUUACAGAGCGGAUGACCAUAUAAAUGGAGGCACACCAACACUCGUUGGGAGGUAUACGUUGGACGCAUUCAUGAUGGCAAACGCAUUAGCCUUUAUUUGCUCGUCAAUAGCUACCAUUGGUCUCAUGUUCUCCGGAUCUUCUAUUGUUAAGUUGGUGAGCGGCCAAAUCAACUUACGCACAUCUGUGUUCUUCGUGUCAAGCUCGCUCACAAGUUUGGCUGCUGCUUUUGCACUGGGUGUGUACAUGGUGCUAGCUCCGGUUGCUCAUGAUACUGCCAUUGCGGUCUGUGCAUUUACUCCACUUGCAGUGUUAUACAAAAAUGCUGAGUUCUUAGUGAAGUUGGGUAUUCUCGCACGCCCAUUGCGCCUUAGGGUGGGCCUAGCUCGUGCAAUAAAGAAAAUAUCAAUUAUUAUAAUCAUCACAUUGUUGAAAGAACUUUGGCCCUUCAUACUUAUCUUUGCUUGGGCCGCAAUUGCAAGAAAGCUACGGAACCACCGAUAA